ACAGCUCUACAAAAAUGUUUGUAAAGAACUCCUUUAUUCAUAGCCAUCCCUCACUACCAGUCAUGCAGAGACUUUAUGAAGCUAUUGUAGGAGGGAAGAACUGCCCCUCUACCCUCAGUGACCGUGCGACUAAAGUCUCUCACCCUGUUGGUACCGUCUCUGACUCCAUAGCGACAGUCAGCGACCACGCUGCAACAGUCCCUGACCCUGAAGCUACAGUCAGCGACAGCGACCACGUCGCUACAGUCUCCCACCCCACCUCUACCGUCAGCAACCAAGCUGAUGUGUUCUGUAUGCCAAAACAGAGGAAACAUACACAAUUACACUCUGUCAGCAACCAUGCUGCUACAGUCUCCCACACUACCUUUACAAUCUUCCACCCCGCCCCCGAAGCUACAGUCAGUGACCACGGCGCUAGUCUCUCCCUUCGCAAGUCUCUCCCUCCGAAGCUACAGUCAGCGAGUAUGUCACAACAGUCUCUCUGUCCGAAGCUACAGUCAACGACCGCCCUGCAACAGUCAGCGACCAUGCCACCACAGUCUCCCAUCACGCUGCUACAGUCCGUGAUCACGCCACGACAGCCUCCCCUCACACAGCUACAGUCAGCAACCAAGCUGACAUGUUCUACAAGCCAAUACAGAGGAAACGUAGGCAAUUACACUCUGAAAUGA